AUGUGGGCUAUUAAAGUGGUUCUUAAGGCUUUUGAGCUAGUGUCGGGGUUGGGCAUUAACUAUAAUAAAAGCAAGUUGAUUGGCAUCAAUGUGGGUAGAGGUUUCUUGGAGGCCGCUUCUAACUCUCUUGCUUGUAAGGUAGAAGAAAGUAACUUUUUCUUUCUUGGAAUACUGGUGGGUUUUAAUCCGAGAAAAUACGAGACGUGGAGUCCGCUUAUUUCCAAGAUGAAAAAUCAGUUGGUAGUGUGGAAAAAUAGGUUUUCAAUAAAUAAUGGGUUUCGAACACCUUUUUGGGAGUCGGUUUGGUUGGACGGGAGGGUUUUGAAGGUUGAGUUUCCAGCCCUUUUUGAGGCAUCGGCGUUGAAAGGGGUGGCGGUAGCCGCGAUGGGUGGAUGGGUUGAUGGUAAAUGGGUGUGGGGGGAUAUUGGUAUAGCGGAGCACUUGUUGUCUAACGGUGCUAUUUUGGUCGAAUGGGAGGAGAUUGGGAAUUUGUUGGUGGAUUUCGGGGAUUUGGUGGAGGACAAAGACGGAGUGGAGGGGGAUCUCAAUAGCGGUGAAGGUUUUUCGGUUGCAUCGUGUUAUACGGAGUAUGCUAGUAAGCAUGCUCGGUUUGUCCUCUUUGUAGAUUUCAUGAGGCGAAGGGGUUGGUUUGGAAGUCGAACGUCCCAUUCAAGAUAA